AUGUUCCCAAUCUCGGUAAGAAGACAGUUCUCAGUCCUGAGCCAUCUUAGAGUCAAUGCUAGAUGGUUUUAUGCCGUUGAUGUUCCGAUUUCGAAACCGGAGCAAUUCAAGUACACUCAGACUAAACCACCCCAAAAAUUUCUACCAUUCAAUGAUUCGGAUAAUUCUUUGUUAGAAAAGUCUUUCAAAGAUGGAGACAAGACCGUGUUGCAAGUGUUGGAGGAUAGGCUGUUCAAUUGCGAUAUAAGGUCCAGGCAAUUAUACCCCAUAUACUGGCAAGGCCCGGUGUACGAGGUCAGAAGAGGAAUAUGGUUUUCUAAUGGAACCCCGAUUGAUCAACGGUUGGCAGAUCUUAUCGAGAAACAAUACCAAGCUUUGAAGGAUAAAUUGGGCAAGGAAGAGGAUCAGAUGUUAUUUGAAUUAGACGACAAAACGUCAGAGUUGUCCCCGAUAGAGAAGAGUGAAGACUUGACUACCACAAUAACAGAAACAUUCGGCUCGUCUGAAUCUCAAUCACCAAAGAAACUUGUAUUAUUCAAGGACGAUAAAACUGUUUUUAUACUACCUAAAAGCUCAAAACUUUUGAUUCAAUUGCUGAAUCCAUUGGCGGAUGAGUUGAAAAAGUCUAUUUUUUCGGACUAUAAGAUUGAGAGAGGUUACAAAGCCAAAGAAAAGGAUAAAGCACAGGUAAAUAAGGGAUCCACUUCUGCCUUUGGAGACUACUCAUUCAUAAAUUUUUUCACUGAUACUGCAAUUGAUAAGAAUGCCAAGAGUGACCAAGCUGAAGAAAAAAUGGAAUACCACAUGAAAAAUGACUUUGCUAAGGAAGACAAAGAUACCAAGCGUGACAUUAAUCAUAUAGUGUUAUGUUGCCAUGGCAUUGGUCAAUCUCUAGGAACUAAACUGGAGAGUGUGAACUUUAUUCAUGACAUAAAUAUCUUUAGGAAGGGACUUGCUACUGCAUUGAAAGAGGACUCAGAGUUACAAGAGAUUAGCCCUUCUGCAAGUAACCAUGGCAUUCAAGUUUUACCAGUUAUCUGGAGGUAUAACUUAGGGUUUUCAAUUGAUGAGCCAAUCAGCGUGAUAGACGAAAAUGAUGGAGUCAAAAAACUUCCCUCUGUUUCUGAUAUCACGGUUGAUGCUUUAAGGCCUUUGAGAAAUCUUCUCGGUAAUGUUGUUUUAGACAUAUUGCUUUAUUAUGAUAGUUGGUACAAGAAACGAAUCCUCUCAUCUGUCGUACAGCAAUGUAAUGAUGUUUAUGACAAGUUUUUACAAAACAAUCCAGGAUGGAAUGGAAAAGUAUCUUUCGUUGGUCAUUCUUUGGGAAGUGCAAUUUUUUUUGAUAUUCUAUGCAAACAGCCUGAUAACUUAAACUUUGAAGACCCAAACUUUGAUCAUAAAAGAUACCUCAAGUUUAAGGUAGAAAAUUAUUUCGCAUUGGGUUCUCCGUUGGGCGUUUUCAGUCUAUUAAAAAGGCAAAAUAUUGCUCCUAGAUCCGAGGAAAAUUUGGUGUCUGUUAAUGAUAUCGACAAGGAAGUGCUGGAAAGACCUUGUGUAGGGCCAAAGUGUGAAAAUUUCUAUAACAUUUUCCACCCCUGUGACUCAAUUGGGUACAGAGUAGAGCCUUUAAUUAGGUCUGAAUUUACCAAAUUCAAGCCUUCUCCGGUUCCAUUUGCUAAUAAAUCUGGAUUUGAUUCUCAGUUGAAAGAGAUUACAGAUUUUGGUGACGAAUUUGGAGACAAAUUGACCAAUAACAUAAGUAAACUGUUUGGAAACAAAUCUAUUGGAGAACUGCUACUUCUGGAUAGUAAGAAGCCUGAGACUGAAAAUCUUUCCUCAGAUUCACCCGAAGAGUCGUAUAAGAAGUCAUCUAGUUCAAAGUCGACUAGAGUAGACAUUUCUGCCGAAAGUUUGAAGGUAAUAAAACAAUUGAAUUACAGCGGGAGAGUGGACUAUUGUCUCAGUGAAGGACUGUUUGAUAUUUCAAUUAUAAACGCUAUCAAGGCCCAUACAACAUACUUUGAAAAUAAGGAUCUAACAGCAUUUGUUUUACGUGAGUUGUUGUCCCCAAAAAGUAAAUCCCAACUUGUUUCCAAAAGUGCAGUCCUUAUGUCAUCUGGUGACGAUGAUAACGAAUGGUUAUGA